UUUUUGUUCACUGACCUUAGGGUUUGACGGCAUUCACUCUGGAUUUCGCAAGUAAUUUCCGAAGGAAGGAAUUUGACAUGUCAUUCCUAGCCACCCUUGAUGCUAACGCAUGGCAGGAACGUUUGACUAGUCACGGCAGUUUGGGGCUAUCAAGCAACAGUCCAGCCUAUACAACGCACACUGGUAGCCAUGCUAGUAGAGGUGGUCCGACAGCUGGCCACGGUGGUCAUAGCGGAACUCACAGUUCGGCGGCUACAAUGCAUCAUCAAUCAUUGCAAUCCGACUUUCAACCUCCGUACUUCCCACCUCCGUUUCAUCAUUCUACACAGAGUCCUCCACAACAACAGAAUCAUGGAGCUCUGGAGUACCUGGGAACAGAUCCAUAUGGCCAACCAUUACCUACGCUGCAUCACACACCCCUCCACCACUACAAUCAAUUAGCUGGUCUGAGGUCUACUCAGGAUCAAUUGGGCAUUCACAGAUCCCACAGAGAAGCCGAACUCCAGGGACAUGUGACACAGCUAUCACAUGGAUUUCCAUAUUCAGACCGCCGCGGGGAUUAUGGCAGUGCGAUAUCAACUGGAACAACACAUGGAGGGCGCCUUGGACAUGAUCACGAUCCGCUAGCUUUACAUCAAGCUCUUCAAAAUGCUGUAGACGACGGCCAAAACCCAGGCAUGGACGACAAUGUAGCCUUUAUGUCAGAUCUACCUCUAAUUAAGAGUAUGAAAAGUGGGAAGGAUGUAGGAAAUAUUAGCUCAGGUUCGCCCAGCGAGGUAUUUUGUGCUGUUCCCGGCCGUCUGAGUCUUUUGUCUAGCACUUCAAAAUAUAAGGUAACCAUUGCUGAAGUGCAAAGAAGGCUAUCUCCCCCUGAAUGUCUAAACGCAUCCCUGCUGGGUGGUGUUUUAAGGAGAGCAAAGAGUAAGAACGGUGGCAGGCUUCUGAGAGAAAAACUGGAGAAAAUCGGCUUAAACUUACCAGCGGGCAGACGUAAAGCAGCAAAUGUCACGCUCUUGACAUCUUUAGUAGAAGGAGAAGCGGCACAUUUAGCGAAGGAUUUUCACUUUGUAUGUGAAACUGAAUUUCCUGCGAGACAAUUGGCAGAAUACAUUGUACGGCACAAUACGGAACCGCAAGAAUCAUAUAGGCGGAAGGAGCUCCUACUGCACUCGCAACAGAUUACCAAGGAACUAAUGCAGGUACUUAGCCAGGACCGCACCACACAAUACGGAACACGGUCACAGCAUCUAUUGGAGCCAUCAAUGCAACGACAUUUAACACAUUUCUCGUUGAUUACCCAUGGAUUUGGAUCACCCGCCAUUAUGGCUGUUCUUCACGCAUUUCAGACUUUCCUCAACGAGUCUCUUAAUUAUUUGGAGAAAUUAUAUCCGUCGAAUGGAGGAGGGAUGGUAUCCUCAUCUCUUGAUAAAAACAAGUUAGAUAACGAUAAAAAAUGAUAAAACC